AGAGUCCCCAGCAGCGCGGCUCGGAGGCUUAUGGGAAUUGUAGUCCUGAGACCUGCGUCACUAUUCCGAGGACUCUGGGUACCGCCGCCCGCUCUACAGUCUGCGCGCUUGCGCGAACGCACGGGCGGUCGCCCUUCCCCCACCUGCCGUCGCGAGUGGGUAACAGGGCCCCCUUUCCACGCGCUUGGUGACCCGGAACCGCGGGUGGAGGCUAAACCCCUCCAGAAAAGAGUAGGCCUUCCAGACAUAUCAACCGAAGACGGCAUAACAAGAUGCAGUAGAAUUCAGCGUACACCUUCCUCGGGUCAGGACAGGGCGACCAGUAGAAGGAAGAGGACCCACGAGCAGGCAGAGUCAGAGGCACCCCACCUCUACUUUGUGCCUUUGUGUUUCAGUGCCUUUACCAACCGCAGAAAAUGAUGGGGUCCCAGGUGAGUCCACUGCAGAAAAUGAUGGGGUCUCAGGGAUCGGUUUCAUUCACUGAUGUAACUGUGGACUUCACCCAGGAGGAGUGGGAGCAGCUGGACCCCUCUCAGAGGAUUCUGUACAUGGAUGUAAUGCUGGAGAACUACAGCAACUUACUCUCAGUGGAAGUGUGGAGGGCCGAUGACCAGGUGGAGAAGGACCCCAGAGACCCAGAUGAACAGAUGAAGCCACUUAUAACCUUCAAGAACCAACCACCAAUUGAAGAAAGAGGAAGUCUUUUUGGAAAGACAUUAAAUCUGAACUCGGACUUUGUUUCGUUAGCACAAGUUCCCUAUAAGUAUGACUUAUAUGAAAAGACUUUGAAAUGCAAUUCCAACUUACUCAGCAGUGGAAGCUGUGUGAGGAGGAAGGGCGAGGAGCACAGUGGGUUUGGGAAGCCACUUCUGUACCUGAAGCAAGAAAGACCCCGUGCCGGAGUAGAGUACUCAGGAUACAGCGGGCAUGGGAAGGCUCUCGGCCAUAAAGAAGUCGUCUUCAAACAUCAGAAAAUGAAGAGCUUGGUUCAGCCUUUUGUCUGCAACUACUGCGACAAGGCCUUCUCCUUCAAGUCGCUCCUCAUCAGCCACAAGAGGAUACACACGGGAGAAAAACCUUACGAGUGUAACGUGUGCAAGAAAACCUUCUCCCAUAAGGCAAACCUCAUCAAACAUCAGAGAAUUCAUACUGGAGAGAAACCCUUUGAGUGUCCCGAGUGCGGAAAAGCGUUUACCCACCAGUCAAACCUUAUUGUGCACCAGCGAGCGCAUCUGGAGAAGAAGCCGUAUGAGUGCAGCGAGUGUGGAAAGACAUUUGCUCAGAAGUUUGAACUCACCACACACCAGAGAAUUCACACAGGAGAGCGACCCUAUGAGUGCAACGAGUGUGCAAAAACCUUCUUCAAGAAAUCAAACCUCAUCAUACAUCAGAAAAUUCACACGGGGGAGAAACGCUACGAGUGCAGCGAGUGCGGGAAGUCGUUUAUCCAGAACUCGCAGCUCAUCAUCCACAUGAGAACCCACACUGGGGAGAAGCCCUACGCGUGUACUGAGUGCGGCAAAACCUUCAGCCAGAGGUCCACUCUUAGACUGCAUUUGAGAAUCCACACGGGAGAAAAGCCCUACGAGUGUACUGACUGUGGGAAGGCCUUCAGCAGAAAGUCUCGACUUAGCGUCCAUCAGAGGGUCCACACAGGCUAGGUCCUGCGGCUACAGUCAGAUUAUACCGUGGACAGCCAUCAAAGCAGAAUUCUUCCACCGAGGGAGAAACCUUCAUGAAGAAUACUGAAGGAACUUGGGGAAUUGUAUUGAGAUGCAAGCUAACUCAAAAAAGAUACCAUAAGAAUAUAUUGAAAAUUAGUAUCCAUAUAUAUGUAUUUUAUACAUGUCUCUCCAGAUCCAAUUGUGAAUAGACACACCCAGCUCUUUCUAUGAGCUUUCUUGAUUUUUUUGCUGCUGGGAUUCAGACCUAGGUCUUGCCUGUGCUAGGCAGGUUUUUUUUAACUAAUGAUCUACAUCCCCAGUCUACGGUGAUCUUUUUAAAAUUUUGAAUGAAUUGAAUAUUCUAGGAGGAAAAAUAGUUUUAAAUCUGUUUAAGUUGAAUAGCUGCUGGGAAUUUGAAAUCCUCAUCUAUGAAAUUGCAUCACAGUAAACGAGGUUUUCCAUACUCACCACCACAUAUGCACCACAGAACCUUUCCCGCCCAGUGUGCAUCCAAAAGAACCAUGUGAUGGACCUUCAAGUAGCAUGUAGCCUGUUUCCUCUGCAGCCAGCUCAUACAAGUUGUUGUGGCCAUUGUUAAUGGCCGUUGGGGUGUUAACCUGGUUCUGGGUUUAAAGAUGUUCUAGAGCAUUAUUUAUAUAAAUAUGCAAAGGUGUGAAAUAAUUGGUCUAGGUAGCAGAGACAGCUGUGAACUCCGACUUGGUACCCGUUACAAAAUAGAGUUGUGCUAAGCAGGCAAUUCCUCAUCUGCCAUGCUUGUUCUUUCUCCCUGAGAUGUUUACAUACAAGUGCAUGUCUGGCUCCAAGAUACUGUGUACCCCAGAAAGCUAUUUUUGUAUGUUUGUCUUCCUCUUCAUGAAUUGUCCUACAAAAAUAAUGGGUAGGGUGCCUGUGUAGCUUACAAUUGUUACAGAGACUUGAGAGAGGAAUUGCCAAGAGCUGCGUUUCAUUGCUUUUCAUAGUUUCCACUUUAGAGAUGUGCUCUCGCGGUGUCUUUUAAAGGAAGUAUUUCUGCU